CUUACCACGGAAAGUAGCUGCCCCCGAGUAAGCAGUGGCAUCUCCGGCGGCAUCCCGUUCACCCUGCCACGCUGAGUGCACUGGCUUUGUCCCUGUGCCUGGGCGCGCUCAUCGGCGCCACGGCGGUGGGCAACGCGCUCGUCUGCCUCUCCGUCUGCCUCGUGAGGAGACUGCGGCACCCGUCAAACCACCUGCUCGUGUCCCUGGCCGCCUCGGACCUCUGCGUCGCCCUCCUGGUCAUGCCUCCCGCCAUGUACCUCGAGCUCUCGGGCCACCGCUGGGACCUGGGACGAGCGGCGUGCGACGCCUGGGUGUCCAUGGACGUCGCCUCGUGCACGGCUUCCAUCCUCAACCUCUGCAUGAUCUCCGUAGACCGGUACCUUGCCAUCACGCGUCCCUUGACAUACGGCGUCCGGCGGACGGCGCGGAGAGCCUGGGCCUGCAUCGCUGCCGUCUGGCUCCUGGCAGCGCUAAUCAGCGUGCCGCCACUGUUGGUGUUAGGGAACGAGCACGGCACGCCCGACUCGCCCACGUGCCUCGUAUGCCAGCACCUAGCAUACCAGUUGUAUGCGACGCUAGGCGCAUUCUACAUACCUCUGGCCGUGAUGCUCUUCGUCUACUGGAGAAUACACAGGGCCGCCAAAAAGGUAAUUGAGGCCGAACACAGGGCAAGGCCCGGACCUCGCAGCAGGAGCCUGAGGGUCGUCUUGAGGGAGCGAAAGGCUUCCAUUACUCUAGGGAUCAUUCUGACCGCCUUCACGGCCUGCUGGCUCCCGUUCUUCGCCCUCGCCUUGGUCCGUCCUCUGGGUGGCAAACCACUCCCGGAGGUGGCGCACAGCUUCGCCCUGUGGUUGGGCUACGCAAACUCGGCGCUGAACCCGGUCAUCUACGUGACGUUUCACCACGACUUCCGGCGCGCCUUCCGGGACCUGCUGUGCCUCCGCUGUCAGACGCAGGCGUCCGGAAGCAGCACGACUGGGGGCGGAAGCAGCAGCGGAACGGUCAGACAGUUGCUGGGCAGCAGGGACAACCACUUGAACUCGUUGGCCUGACCUUGGUGGACGUCACCCGAAGACAUGCGCGUCUCCAGGGUCGACGAUGUGAAUCAGCCACAGAACAAGCACCAGAAUAAUCAGGGUAAUCACCAGAAGACCAAUCACCAUCAUAACAAUCGAGGGAGCAGCACGUGUGACUCCGCCAACUCGCCCGUAUCGCCAUUGUUCGAUUGACUCACAAAGACUGGUUAACUGGCAACUACUAUAAUAGGUAUACAUUCUAAAAACAAAAGCGGUAGGUCUGAAGAGCUUUAUUGUCAGCCCCAGGAACUUCGUGUGUCACUGUUCCUUUAAAACACAGGCAAGGACAAGUGACCAGUGGCCGGAGUAAUAUCUGUGGCAUUUAGCGGGAAACAAGCACUCUUUGUCUACUGGUUCACGGUGUGUUAAUGACAUUUGCGUUAGGCAUGCACGCAAAACAAGGUUGUGCGAAUGUGAUCAUCAAUCGAAAGAAGGUAGUGAUGAGUCAAGUGACUUACUGCUUGAUUGCGUACUCUCACGUGUGCGUGGCUGCAUAAUGACCUUGCGAAAGGCAAAACUACCGUACACGUGACAAUGUGAUGGUGAAAAUGCUGAAAGGCACGCAGUUAAUAAGAAAUACUCAAGUUUAUGUAUGUAUAAACUUGUCGCUGCUACUUGCAACGCGACAGAGACUGCGGGACUGUGACAAAUGAUAUGCUGCUUUCGAAAACUGCGUUGAACAAAAGAAGCAAAAUACAAAGUUUAUAUAAAAACA